AAUCAGGAUAGGAUGGCACGAAUCUUAUAGCAUCGAAGCACGAAUCUUGGCAGCCGGGAUAGUCCGAUAGCGCCCAAGCGGAUAGAGCAGUUGCUACAGGCUAGUUCGUCAGUCUUUUCCUCCUCAAAUCCUCCAUGGCGGAGGAGAGGGAUUAGCCACAGUGCGGCGCGGAGGACGACGGCGAUGUCGAUGCCCACCUUCCACCUCGCCCCCGACCUCGCCGUCUCCCGCCUCUGCUUCGGGACGAUGACGAUGGGGGAGCAGAGCCGGCUGCCGGAGUCGCUCCGCCUCCUCGACGCCGCAUUCGACGCCGGCGUCAACUUCUUCGACUCCGCCGAGAUGUACCCGGUCCCACAGCGCAGUGAGACGCACGGGCGCAGCGAGGAGUUCCUCGGCCGCUGGCUGCGGGCCCGCCGGGCCCCACGUGACAGCGUCGUGCUCGCCACUAAGGUCGCCGGGCCGUCCGGGGAGAUGACGUGGAUCCGCGGCGGGCCGGCGUCGCUCGAUUCGCGGAACAUCGCGGAGGCGAUUGAUGGAAGUUUGCGCAGGCUGGGAGUGGAUUACAUUGAUCUUUACCAGAUACAUUGGCCUGAUCGCUAUGUCCCGAUGUUUGGAGAGACAGAAUAUGAUCCAAGCCAUCAGUAUAUGUCUGUUCCAAUGGAAGAGCAGCUACUGGCUCUUGGAAGAGCCAUAGACGCUGGCAAGAUUAGGUACAUUGGCCUUAGCAAUGAAACACCAUAUGGGUUGAUGAAGUUCCUUCAACUGAGUAGAGAUUCCCAGCUGCACUCCAAGAUACUGACAGUGCAAAACUCAUAUAACCUGCUAUGUCGAAAUUUUGAUGCUGGGCUAGCUGAAUGCUGCCACCAUGAGAGAAUCAACUUGCUAGCUUACAGCCCAAUGGCCAUGGGUAUACUUUCAGGGAAGUAUUACUCAUCGGAUGAUGGCGGCCCACCAGAUGCAAGAAUGAAUCUUUUCAAAGGGAGAUACUCUGAGGGUGAAUCCAGAUAUAAUCUUCAGAACCCCAAAAUGAAAGCUGCUGUGAAGGAAUACGUAAAAAUUUCUGCUAAGCAUGGGAUUUCGCCAGCGAUUCUAGCAGUUGCGUUUGUUCUGAGGCACCCCCUUGUGUCAUCGGCUGUUUUCGGCGCGACAGAAAUUUCGCAACUUACAGAAGUUCUUCAGGCCACCAGGAUCCAUCUCUCUGAGGAGAUUGUUGCAGAGAUCAAUGAAGUUCAUGCAAGAUAUCCCAACCCUUGCCCAUAAGAAGUUCAGAACAGAACACAGUAGUCAGAUCUUCUCUUUGUCUUUCUUGUUCUGUAGAUUGCAAAUUUGCAAUGUCAUAUGAUCAUCAGUGAGUAACAGUUAGCAGUUUUGCCAAGGAUGAGUUAUUCAACUUGUCCUAUUGUUGUUGCCAAUGCCAACAAGUGAUUAUCUGAUAAAUUGCAUUAUCUCCAGUCUUAUUUUCCUUC